GGUUGAAUGAUAGGUUGGCUCUGAGAGGUUUGAAUGCUGCUUCUGAGACCCUGACCCAUAAUCUGGGUUUAGCUACAUUCAGAAGGUGGCCACAACAGGUGAAUAUCCAAUCCCAAGUUCUUUUAAAAACAAUAAUGGAUUCUAAAAAAAAAAAAAAAAAAAAAAAAACCACACACACACAAAAACAAUAAUGGAUUCUAAUCCUGUUAGGAAAAUGUCUUUUUCGUGUGUCAGAUCCCUUUUAUCCUAGUUAUUAGGUUUUGGGCUAAAAGGAAGAUAUUUCCUUCUUUGUGCCUAAUGAGUUCCUAUUUAUACUUCCAAGUUCAUCUCAGGUGUUUCUGCAGUAAAGAAGCAUCCCAGUCUCCGAGGUUUGCUUCCCUCUCACACUCUCAGUGCAACGUAUCAUAAUAGGGCAAGACAUCAUGUGAUUGUCAUUUAACAGCUGUCAUUUCUGCUGAAGUGUAAGCUCCCUAACACAAGAAUUAUGCCUGUAUCAUUUUUCUGUGUUAUUUGUUGUGCUAAACAGUUCUGUGCACAUAAGUGUUUAAUCAUCAUUGUAUGGUAUGGCAAAUAAAUGCCAUAAUCAGAAGUUAUAGCUUCAAAGCCUUCCUGUAAGUUAUACCAUACAUAUAACCUAACAGGAAGUAUUUUUAAUUUUUUAAAAUAAAUCUUAAGAUUUAUUUAUUUAUUUGAAAGUCAGAGUUACACAGAGAGAAGGAGAGGCAGAGAGAGAGAGGGAGAGAGAGAGAGAGAGGGAGAGAGGUCUUCCAUCCGCUGGUUCACUUCCCAAAUGGCCACAGCAUCUGGGGCUCUGCCAGGCUGAAGCAGGAGUCUAGAACUCCAUCUUUGUCUACCAUGUGGAUGUCAGGGGCCCAAACACUUGGGGGCCAUCUUCCACUGCUUUCCCUGGCACAUUAGCAGGCUGCGGAUCAGAAGUGGAGCAGCCAGGACUCAAAUCAGUACUCUGAUAUGGGAUGCCUGUGCCAUAAGCAGUGGCUUAACCCGCUGUACCACAGUGCUGACCCUAACAGGAAGUAUUUCUUAAUGAUAUUACCAAAGAGGCUCUUUCUCAAUUCUAUUUCAGUUUUAGAUUUAAGUAUAACCCUGGAAGUUAUUCAUUAAUCAACUGGGUAGGGUGGGGUUCUGAAAUAAGGAACUGAAAGUCUUGAAACAAUCCCCAAGUGUGUGGAGAAGCUCUUUAGACACAGCUUUCUUAGCAAUCAGCUAUUUUUGAAGAAGGCUAGUGGGAAAGUGUCCAGGGCUACACGUUCAGCAAACAUCUAAAAUGAAGACUUUUGAGGAGCAAACAGAAUGCGUCAUGAACGCUCUACUCGCAGACUUGCUGGGCCCAAAAUUGCAGGUUGCUAACCGGAACCUAGGCAGCGCAGAAGAACCUGUUUCAGGAGAGGCUGACUCUUUUGACGUGGCUAUCAUUGUUGGUCGCCUUCGGAUGCUGGGUGACCAGUUCAAUGGAGAGGUGGAAGCUGCUGCCAGAAAUGUCAUUAAAGAAACUGCUCCGGAGCAGGCAGCCACAGUACUCCAGGACACAGUGACAUCUCUCAGCAAGGCUUGGUGCACUCAGGAUUCCACCUUAGCAUAUGAAAGAGCCUUUCUGGGCGUGUCAGUGAAACUUCUGGAGGGUGUGGCCCGCAUUGCUCCUAAAAAGGCAAGGCCUGUGGUUCGCUGCAUGAUAACUAUGAUCAACGGGUACAGAGCCAUCCGGGAGUUUGUCGAGCGCCAGGGAGGUUGGGAAAAUCUGGAGAGCUGAAGAAGAGGUGGAGUCCUUCCCCACACUGAAUAGCGCUUCAUUUUUGAUCAGCUAUUUGAUUUCUGGCAAUAAAAACAAA